CUUUCUCUGACCAAGUUUGACCUUAUGAAUCUAGCUAUAUCCCUUCAUUUAAGACUGCCUAUAACAUACUCUAAUCAAUAGCACAGUUCCAGUUGUAGCAGCUUGGCGGUCAUUUAUGGCAUUUGUUGCCCUGGACUGACAAAAUUCUGCUCUCUCACUCAUCACGGUUUCUUAUCUCUUCUUGUCACCCAUUUUAAGGCUUCUUAAAAGACACUGCCAACCUUUCCAACACUGCCUCAGCCAUCAAUACACGGCCCAUCUGCUUUGCAAUUCAAGAGCCAUGCAUGAAGCUCCCUCACAUGGCUGCUGCUGCUGCCUUCUUUGCUCAAACUACGCGUCUUCCCUUGCCCCAAGACCACCCACCUACACCAACACAGACCUGCUCUCUGUCUUUAAUGCCAAUAUGACCACCACCUACCAUUUCAUGCAAUAGACCCAGCAUGAAAUCACCUUCCAUUUAUAUGUUGUUGUAAGCCAUUUUCUGAACUUGUAUCUUGUGAUAAAAAAUAUUAUGGCGGUGCCAAAACGAGUGCUGUUGCUUUUUGCUGCUCUUUUAUUUUGCUUUUCAUUUGGUUUUGUUCUGUGCCAAAACCAAGAGCUGUCCAGUCUUUUGGAAGUGAAGAAAUCAUUUGAGGGAGACCCGGAAAAAGUUUUGCUUGAUUGGAAUGAAAGCAACCCGAACUUCUGUACAUGGACCGGAGUUACAUGUGGCUUGAACUCAGUUGAUGGCUCAGUGCAAGUUGUGAGUCUAAACUUAUCUGACUCAUCACUUAGUGGCUCAAUACCACCCUCACUCGGUAGUCUACAAAAGCUGCUCCAACUUGAUCUUUCUUCUAACAGCCUCACGGGUCCCAUUCCUGCUACUCUCUCAAACCUCUCUUCGUUGGAAUCUUUGCUUUUGUUCUCUAACCAACUCACUGGUCCCAUCCCAACUCAACUCGGUUCCCUCAAGAGUCUCCAAGUUCUGAGAAUCGGUGAUAAUGGACUCAGUGGACCUAUUCCUGCUUCAUUUGGUAAUCUUGUCAACUUGGUCACUCUUGGUUUGGCCUCCUGCAGUCUCACAGGUCCAAUACCACCCCAGCUUGGACAGCUCAGUCAAGUCCAGAGCUUGAUUUUACAGCAGAACCAACUUGAAGGACCGAUUCCUGCCGAGCUAGGGAAUUGUUCAAGCCUCACCGUCUUCACGGUAGCUGUCAACAAUCUUAAUGGAUCAAUCCCUGGAGCAUUGGGCCGUCUUCAAAAUCUCCAAACACUAAACCUGGCAAACAAUAGUCUCUCUGGUGAAAUACCGAGUCAACUCGGUGAACUGAGUCAACUCGUCUACCUGAAUUUCAUGGGGAACCAGCUUCAAGGCCCCAUCCCAAAGUCACUAGCAAAAAUGAGUAAUCUUCAGAAUCUUGAUUUGUCAAUGAACAUGCUCACCGGAGGCGUUCCAGAGGAGUUUGGCAGCAUGAAUCAGCUUCUUUACAUGGUUUUGUCAAAUAACAAUCUUUCUGGUGUCAUACCAAGAAGCCUAUGUACAAACAAUACCAAUUUGGAGAGCCUGAUUCUGUCAGAGACUCAACUUUCUGGCCCAAUUCCGAUAGAAUUAAGACUAUGUCCAUCUCUGAUGCAGCUCGAUUUGUCAAACAACAGCCUUAAUGGAUCAAUUCCCACUGAAAUUUACGAGUCGAUUCAAUUGACUCAUCUCUAUCUCCACAACAACAGCUUGGUGGGUUCAAUAUCUCCUUUGAUAGCAAACUUAAGCAACCUGAAGGAACUUGCAUUGUAUCACAACAGUUUACAAGGCAAUCUUCCCAAGGAGAUUGGAAUGCUUGGAAAUCUUGAAGUCUUGUAUCUUUAUGACAAUCAGUUAUCUGGGGAGAUUCCUAUGGAGAUUGGCAAUUGUUCAAACUUGAAAAUGGUUGAUUUCUUUGGAAAUCAUUUCAGUGGAGAGAUUCCUGUUUCUAUUGGGAGGCUGAAGGGACUGAAUUUGCUUCAUUUGAGGCAAAAUGAGCUUGGUGGUCAUAUUCCCGCCGCUUUGGGUAACUGUCAUCAGCUAACUAUUCUAGACUUGGCAGACAAUGGCCUAUCUGGUGGCAUUCCUGUUACUUUUGGAUUUCUCCAGGCUCUUGAGCAGCUCAUGCUUUACAACAAUUCCCUUGAAGGUAAUCUUCCUUAUUCGCUUACCAAUUUACGGCAUCUGACCAGAAUAAAUCUGUCUAAAAACAGAUUCAAUGGUAGCAUUGCCGCGUUAUGUAGCUCGAGUUCUUUUCUUUCUUUUGAUGUUACAAGCAAUUCAUUUGCCAAUGAGAUUCCUGCCCAGUUAGGAAAUUCGCCUUCUCUUGAAAGGCUUAGAUUAGGGAACAACCAGUUUACUGGCAAUGUCCCUUGGACGCUUGGUAAAAUCCGUGAAUUGUCGCUGUUAGACCUGUCAGGGAAUUUGCUCACAGGCCCAAUACCUCCACAGCUUAUGUUGUGCAAGAAAUUGACACACAUUGAUCUCAACAACAACCUUCUUUCUGGUCCUUUGCCGUCAUCGCUAGGAAAUUUGCCACAGUUAGGGGAGCUCAAGCUCUCCUCCAAUCAAUUUUCCGGGUCUCUUCCUCCGGAGCUGUUCAAUUGUUCUAAACUGUUGGUGCUUUCUCUUGAUGGUAAUUUGCUGAAUGGAACUCUUCCUGUUGAGGUUGGUAAGCUGGAAUUUCUCAAUGUUCUCAACCUCGAACAAAACCAAUUAUCAGGAUCAAUCCCUGCGGCCCUAGGUAAGCUGAGCAAGCUGUAUGAGCUUCAGCUCUCGCAUAACAGCUUCAGUGGUGAAAUACCUUUUGAACUCGGGCAACUCCAGAAUCUGCAAAGCAUUUUGGACCUUGGCUACAACAAUCUCAGCGGUCAAAUUCCAUCUUCUAUUGGAAAAUUGUCUAAACUUGAAGCUCUUGAUCUGUCUCACAAUCAGCUAGUUGGAGCAGUCCCUCCUGAAGUUGGUGACAUGAGCAGUCUUGGCAAGCUUAAUCUUUCCUUCAAUAAUCUCCAAGGCAAAUUAGGCGAGCAAUUCUCACACUGGCCAACUGAGGCAUUUGAAGGAAACCUGCAGCUCUGUGGAAGCCCUCUUGAUCACUGCUCUGUGUCAAGUCAGCGUUCAGGCCUAAGUGAGUCAUCAGUAGUGGUAAUCUCAGCAAUUACAACCUUAACUGCCGUUGCUCUGCUCGCACUUGGACUUGCUCUCUUCAUCAAACACAGGCUGGAAUUUCUCAGAAGGGUGAGUGAAGUGAAAUGCAUUUACUCUUCCAGUUCUUCCCAAGCUCAGCGCAAACCACUCUUCCGGAAGGGUACUGCCAAGAGAGACUACAGGUGGGAUGACAUUAUGGCAGCAACGAACAAUCUUAGUGACGAGUUCAUCAUUGGCUCAGGUGGGUCUGGAACAAUCUACAGAACUGAGUUUCAAAGUGGAGAAACUGUAGCAGUUAAGAAGAUUCUGUGGAAAGAUGAGUUUCUACUUAAUAAAAGCUUCGCAAGAGAAGUGAAGACACUUGGCAGGAUUAGGCACAGGCAUUUAGUGAAGCUGAUAGGGUAUUGUAGCAGCGAAGGAGCGGGUUGUAAUCUCUUGAUUUAUGAAUACAUGGAGAAUGGGAGUUUGUGGGAUUGGCUGCGUCAACAACCAGUGAAUAUCAAGAAGAGGCAAAGCCUAGACUGGGAGACGAGGUUAAAGAUCGGUUUGGGAUUAGCCCAGGGAGUGGAGUACCUCCACCAUGACUGUGUACCAAAGAUCAUUCAUAGAGAUAUCAAAUCAAGCAAUAUAUUGCUUGAUUCCACUAUGGAGGCGCACUUAGGAGAUUUUGGACUGGCAAAGGCACUAGAGGAGAAUUACGACUCCAAUACAGAAUCGCAUUCAUGGUUUGCGGGCUCUUAUGGUUAUAUUGCUCCAGAGUAUGCAUACACGCUCAAGGCAACGGAGAAGAGUGAUGUUUAUAGCAUGGGUAUCGUGCUGAUGGAGCUCGUAAGUGGAAAAAUGCCAACUGAUGCAAGCUUUGGUGUCGAUAUGGACAUGGUGAGAUGGGUGGAGAAACAUAUGGAAAUGCAAGGUGGAUGUGGACGUGAAGAGUUGAUCGAUCCUGCUUUGAAACCACUCUUGCCUUGUGAAGAAUCGGCAGCGUAUCAAUUGCUUGAAAUAGCACUGCAAUGCACAAAAACCACUCCACAAGAGAGGCCCUCAUCCCGACAGGCGUGUGAUCAGUUACUACAUUUGUACAAGAAUAGGAUGGUGGAUUUUGACAAGAUGAAUAAUGAUCCUUAUUCAUAACUGAUGAAAUCUAUUUUUAAGAUCGAAGCCGAUUUUCAAACUAAGCAUCGUUCUUUUUCUUUCUUUUUUUAGAUCUUGUGCUAACUAGGUCAGUCUUCAAAAGAUGUCAUUUUCAUUUCUUGAUGGUAUUUUCACCAUUGUAACCACAAGCAUGUAAUCUGAUCCCCAAAGCAUAGUGGAAGCUGUUUUGAUGAUA